UCAAUAUCAUCCCCGUUGUGUACUCGUCAGUCGUCUCUUCUCAAUUUCUCCAGUUCUCUUCUCGUGGCUUGGCUGGAAGUGAGCUUAACAAAACUUCGAUCCUGAACCCGAAUUCAGAGGUGAAGCCCCCUCCUUGCGUCCCAGCUCCAAUAAAGCGAGACCGAAUCAAUGGUGCUUACCAAUUUCGAUGGCGUCGGCGUAGGAUUUGGGUUUGGAGUUGGUUGUGGCUUCGGCGUUGGAUGGGGGUUUGGCGGAAUGCCACUGAAUAUUUUGGGCCUUGGUGCAGGAGGAGGAUGUGGAGUUGGUCUAGGACUUGGAUGGGGCUUUGGCAGUGCCUUCGGUAGUCACUACAGAUCAUCCAGACUCACUUUCCACGGCGUAGAGUUUGGGAAGAAAGAUGAACCAAGCAACAGCAAGAGUAAUGCUAACGCCCCAAGCAGCAAGCAACUUCAAAAGCACACGUCAAGUUAGAACCUCCAAGUAGCUUCUUCACAUUGUACUGUAACCCUAGUUCCAAGUUAUCGAGUGUGAAUGGAGAUAGUGCAGGUGUAAGGUGUUCUUAUGUUAUCAGUAAGGCAGAACUGAGAACCGUCAUAUUCCUGAUGUUCGCGAUGCACUUCUCAUCUCAAUCAAUUGAAAGCCACAUUGUUUGUGUAUCACUGUUAUCAAUCAAUCCCCAAGCUUUGAAUUAACAAAUUGAUAGAAUGUUUUUACAAACAGAAAUUUCUUAUUUAGAAACUAGGGAUCAAGAUAAGUGAAACAGAAAGAAAACCUCCAGGUAUCAAACAGAGUACAAACAACAAUACAUUCCAAGCUCGAUCAAAAGCCAUCACGAGAACCUGCAAGUUGGUUCAGGGCACAAUCUUGUAACCCUUCACUUUAUCAAUCCAGGAAAUGAACGAGCUCUUUGAAUUCCUGAACCCCAAGAACCCAUGCUCCUUGCUCUUGUUCAUGCUCGCAAGAACACCCUCCACACCACAUAUCAUAUCCACAAACCACCAAUUCCCAACUUCCUCCAGCCUCGUCGGCUCGAGCUGAUUCUGCUUCACAAUCUCAUCCCAAACCGGCCCUUUCUCCUUCAUCAUCUCCACCAAGCUCACUCUCUUCUCCGCAUCCUCUUCAAACCCAUAAUUCUCUAUCCCAAACUGCUCCGCCAACACCUUCCACAAAUGCUUCCACUUGAACACAUCCCCAUUCACUAUGUUAAACGCCUCGUUCUUGGCGUAAGGAUCCACCGCUGCCCAUAUCUGAUGCUCCGCGAUCAGGUCAGCAUCCGACGAAUCCGAGUAACAGUUCCAAGAAGCUUUCGUCCCCGGGAAAAUCAGAGGCAAACCCUCGUGCUUACAUAUGGCGGCGUAGACGCAGAGUGAUCCAAUCGCGUUCAUCAUGCUGUAGGGAGAGAACCCCCAAAUUUGAUUGGGCCGGUGUACGGACCACGACAACCCUUCCCUUUUCCCGGCUUCUUCGUAGAGGAUGUCUUCCAUUGUGUAGUAGAAAUUGGGGGAAUUCAACCUCGGGAGAUCUUCUGUGAAAGGGGAGUCGUGGGGUUCGAUUUUGCCGAACGAUUCAAAGGAUCCGGCGUAGUGUUUCCCGCCGGUCUGAAGGCAAAUAUGCUGGAGAUUCGGCGCGUUGGGAACGACGGCGGCGAGGAGGUUCUUCAACAUCUUGCCAUUGAUCUCGCAGUUCUCUGCCUCGGUGGGGCGGUUGGCCCACGUUACGUAGAAGAUGUGGGUGACGUCGGAGAGCGGGGAGAGCUUCGAAUCGACGUCGGAGGCGUCGGCGAUGUCGCACUGGAUGUACUCGAUUGGGUGGUCGGAGUUCCAAUUUGGGCGAGGACGGCGAGCUACGCCGUAGACCUUCCAUGGCCCACCGGGAGUGUCGGCGAGAGGGAGGAUCUCCGCCAAGCUGUUGCCCACGAUUCCGGUGACGCCGACCACUAGGGCCACGCUCUGGUAGCUUCGCGGCGGCUCAUCUUCAUCGAGCUUCUUCUGCAGCGGCUCCAAUGGCGCCAGCCCACCACCAGCUCAUUCUUUCGGAUGGAGGAUUGGGGAAGCGGGAAGAAAGGGAAUUUGGUGUUUAUAGGCUUCACGGCAACUGUAAUAUCGAUUCGGUGGCGCUGAUGCUCCGCUGAAUUAUCUUCUUCCUGUGCCCUGUGAGCUGAGAUUGAUCUGAAUUAUCAUCUCCAGUAGUUGGAAAAUGGGGAAAAGAGAUGAGUAAUAAUCAGAGAUUCAAGAGGGUUCUUCGUCUUUUUCCAUUUUAGGAGCAUAAUAAUAAUUCAGAAUCACAUCAGAGGACCGACGGCUAUGCGUUGUGUGGUUGACGGAUGAGUUGAAAGGGACAGCCUGUUUCUUGUUGCAUGCAUUAUCUAAUUCGCUCUGUGACUGAUAAUUGGUUCUUGGUUCUGGAAACAGAGGAAAAACCACUCCCUUGCUCGCACACUUCGGCCGAAGCUAGCAAGCAU